GCAAAGGGAGGUGCUGCCCGCCUCGACCGUCCAUCUUUCUCGAAGGCGAGAAGGCUCCCCCAUGCCUCCCCUCCGUUCCGUCUCCCCCCUAAAGGCGGCCAUUUUAUUUGAGGGCAAGUGGGCGAGGAAACGGGGAAGGCAGGCGGGCGCCAUGUUUGAUGUGAUCAGGGGACGGCGCCCUCAAGAGCGGCCGCGACAGCUGAAGCCGGGAUGUGGCCCUGUUUCCGAAGGCCCCUUCCGGGCCCCUCGGCCCGGGAGUCUAUGGCCACGCUGCCCGGAAGUGAAUAAACACCGAGGGGUUGGAUGCCCCGGCCCCAAACCAGACCUCAUCUCUUGGAUGGAGCAGGGGAGCGAGGCGUGGAGCCCGGCCGCCCAGGAUCCUGAGCUGGGGGAACGCGUGGGAGGAGCCCUGCGAGGAGGUGCCCCAAACAAGAAGGAAGAGGAACCCAAAGCAGUGCCAGGAGCCAGGAGCCCCAGAAAGACUCCCGGGAAGGAUCGGCCCGGGGAGCCGGUUCAACACCACCCGGACUGGGCCCUCAGCAAGCCGCCCCCGCCCGCGCCCACGAAAGCCUGGGACCCGGGCUCAGGGGCGCCGCCGCCAGCCCCGGGGCCCAGCCGGGGCUCGCAGGCCCGCCAGCGGCGCCACGUGUGUGCGGACUGCGGUCGCCGCUUCACCUACCCGUCGCUGCUGGUCAGCCACCAGCGCAUGCACUCGGACGAGCGGCCCUUCCCCUGCCCCGAGUGUGGCAUGUGCUUCAAGAGGAAGUUCGCGGUCAACGCGCACCAGUGGAUCCACCGCUCCUGCUCCGGGGGCCGGCGAGGCCGGAGGCCUGGCAUCCGCGCUGUGCCCCAGGCCCCGGUUCGGGAUGACCGGGACCCGCCGGUGCUGUUCCGGCACUACCCGAACAUCUUUCAGGAGUGCGGGUGAGUGGCUCCCACGCGUGGGGCUGAGCCUGACCUCGGCGAUAGGGACUGACUGGGCCCUGAGGGAGAUUCCUAAAUCAGGGACUUGGGAACCCAGGUUCAUCCCUUGGGCUUCCCUCAAGGAUCCCUCAGGUUUUCAAACAUGUAGAAAGGAAAGUGCCUGUAAAGAUUCACCUAGAUUCAACUUGACGCCCCUCUCCCCGGUUUUUCUAAAAAAUGAGUGAGACGCUUUCAGUAGCAGGUGCAACCAAGAUCUUUCCUGUCUCAAAAACCACCCCUUGCUGCUUAUCUGCAUGAGAGGUAAACGCUGAGGACUGGGGCCUGGGGAGGGGCCCAGGUGGAGGUGGUCAGCCUGGCCAGCUGACUCCGGCAGGGAGCCCAGCACAGAGCCAGUCUGCACAGCACCGCUGGCAAGUCGGCCCUCCCCAGCCUCACUCCCUCGUCUGUAAAAUGAGGGUUACUAAUGUCUACCUCAAGGGAAAGGGCUACUGUGAAGACUGAAAUGUAAACAAUAUAGUAUGUAUGACAGUAAAUGUGCAAUAAAUGUGUUGAAAGAGUGAGUUAUCGACAUUUUACACUUCAGAAAGGCUAAGGAGGCAGGGCAUGGAUAUCAAUAGCCAUGUUUUGCAGAUGAGUGGACUGAGGCUCAGAGAUUAAGUGAUUUUUCCCCCCAACAUUCCACUGCUUUAAAACAGCAAAGCUGGAAACUGACACAGAGCCCCAAUAUUUCUACCACUUUCUCUGAGCAGUCAGUAGAACACAGGUCCCGCCCAGAUGAGAGUGAGGUGAGAGCUGAAAUCUGGGCAGGAAGCCAGUGGGACAGCAAACAACAGCAACUACAGGAAAGGUUUUUUGGUCGUGGCCAGCUAGCUCAGUUGGUUAGAGCAUCAUCUGAAUAUGCCAAGGUUGUGGGUUCUAUCCCCGCCCAGGCCACAUACCGGAAUCAGCCAGUAAUACAUGGAUAGGUGGAACAAUGGGUCGCUGUUUCUAUGUAUCUCUUGUCCUUUCUCUCUCAAUCAAUAAAUGAAUUUUU